GUGGGCGGGGCCCCAGUUCAUUCAUAAAUCCUCGGCUCUUUUAAAUCAAAAUUAAGGUGCCGCGAGCCGGAAGGGGACACCCCAAAACACAUUUUUUUUUUAAAAAAGAGCGAAGAUCUCCGGAGCUCCUGCCUUUUAAUAUAUAUAUCUAUAUAUCUAAAUAUCUAAAUAUCUAUCUUCUCCUUUUCCCAUGGAGCGCGUGAACUCCACCUAGGAGGAGGACGACCAUCCAGGCAGCGGCAGACAAUGAGCAAUGAUUUGAAUCCAUGGGAGAACGCGACUGAAGGGGUGACGACAGUGCCCAGUGAGGUGACGUCCCAGGAUGGGUAUGUGCUUCUUCUGGUACUGCUGUCCAUCUUUAUCGGGGGCACCCUGGUCCUUCUCUUUGGCAUCCUGAUCAUCUGCCGGAGCUGCUGCGAGACAGAUCGUCGGCGCUCCAGAGCCAACGAUGAUCCGGAGAAAACAAACACGACCUACCUGGAUGACUCGCAGCCAGCUCAAGACAUCACCAUUAAGGUAGAAGACCCCGACUGUAUGUCAAGCUCCAGCUAUCGGGAUGGGGAAAGCGAGCGCUUCCUGUCCUCGGGAAGUGCCACCGGGCGGCGGGUCUCCUUCAACGAAGCGGCCCUUUUUGAGCAGAGCAAGAAGACCCAGGAGAAGGGCAGGAGGUACACGUUGACCGAGGGGGACUUCCACCACCUCAAGAAUGCCCGCCUCAGCCACCUGCCCCUGCCCCCUUCAGCUGCCCUCAAAAUCGUCACCAUCCACGAGUGCGAAUCCAACGAGAACAACAUUGCCAUGACGCCUCGCCGCCCCCCAACCAAGCCCAGCCUUGCCAUCUUCCAGCCAAGAGGGGCCACUCUGCCUCAGACGGCUCUAACCAGCCACGCCAUGUGCCCCAGCUCUGCGUUGCCAGGGGACACCUACAACUCCAUCGUGGAGGCCAGCCCGUCCAUUUCCUCAGAUUCUGGGGAGGGGGCUUUGUCCGACAGCGCGGCCAGGAGUCCGAAGGGAACCAGAGCAGGCAGCGCCGCACCCAGGGAGCCUGCUCCCACCCCCGCACAGGGCACCGUGUUGCACUUCUUUACCCGCUUACGCCGCCAUGCCAGCUUGGAGGGGGCAAGCCCUUACUUCAGGAUCAAGAAGUGGAAGCUGGAAACCAGCCAGAGGGCCUCAAGUCUGGAUACACGAGGGUCCCCCAAACGCCACCAGUUCCAGCGUCAGAGGGCAGCUAGCGAAAGCAUGGACCAGGAGGAUCGAGACCCCCACCAGACGGACAUCAUCCAAUACAUUGCCCGGACGGAUGACGUGGCAUUUCGACCCGUGGCCGGGCCGUUCUUGCCAGCCCCGGCCAGCCCCACCCUCUCUCUCGGCAGGUUAGAACCAUCAGAGUCAAUUGGCCCCCCCUCUCCUGAGCCCCCACCAUUGGAUCAGCCACCCACCACCCCGCUUUACCAUGAUAUCUGGAGCCUCCGAGCGUCGCUAGAGAUGUAUGCUUCGUCCGAGCAGGGGAACGACCGGGACUCUGUACGCAGCGAUGGUGGGGACAGUGUCUCCUCCUCCUCUGGGGGUGGUCUGCCCAGCUUCCCUUCCUCCCUGGUGGACGAGGCUGAAGGACCAGACGACAAGCCGUGGGGGAAGCCCAAACAGGACAGCGUGGAGUCGGAGGCCGGGACACGCAAGUUGCUGCAGAUGGACAGCGGCUACGCCUCGAUCGAAGCCCCCAACAGCGGUCGUGCGGGCGAGGAUCAGACCGCCUCGGAGAAACGUCACUGCUUUACCAGCGCUGGCCGCAAAGCGACCAUCUUUGAGAGCUUUGAAGGACAGGAGCAGGAAGAGGAGGAGAGAGGCGCAGCCGGAGGAUUGACCCCACACAGCCCGCUAGUAUGGGCCCCCUAUGGGCAGAUGUUCCCCACGCGUGAGUCUUUGCCCCGCCGAGAUUACAGCAUAGACGAAAAGACCGACGCGCUCUUCAAUGCAUUUGUCCGUCACGACCCUCAGUUCGACGAGUCGCCCUUGCGGGCGAAGCACCGCUCCCGGACCCACCUGCGUAAACAGUGGCAGCGAACCAAGCAGUACAGCGAUCCUGGAGUCCGUUACCCGCCAGCCCUGGAGAGGCACCGUACGCCACUGCGCCGCGGCGACAGCGUCAACUACCCCCUGGACGGGCGAUACCACAGCACCCUGCCCCGCAUUGUCAGCACCGGCGACGAGGAGGUCGCGUCGCCCGUCCCAGAAGCCAGCGACAAAAUCCAGGUCAUUGAGGAAGAACCUCCGGAGGAGACCAAGGCGACCCCUGACCCUUACGGCCGCGACUGCCUCGGAGGUGGCGAGUGCCCGGGGUUAGGUGACCUCGGCACCGAGCUGAUGGACAAGAUUGCAGGGGGGCUGGAGCACAGGCUUUAUGGGCACUUCAAAAAACAGAGAGAGAGUCCGGAGUGCGUGGUGGUCGUGGCCAACACCUCCCCCGAUCACAGCCCCGAGUAGGUGGGGCGCUGCACACAGCUCAGGACGGGCAAGGUAGAUAUCUCUCUUGUUUCGGGCUGGCGGGGCUAAUGUAGAACUUGCCACUCAGCCAGGGCGCUGGGCACGGCAGGGGCGCGAGCGUAGGGGGUUACCUCAGCUGACAGCGAGCCAUAGCGUCCCUACGGUAGGUCCUGAUUCCACCAUGUUCUAGGUAGCUCGUAUCCGAUGAGGACACACCCCGUGUGGUUGAAGGUCUAGGCCGCUAGGCCGUCUUGUUGGAAGUCCCCAAGGGGUCCACUAACGAUGGUCCCCUCCAGGUGGGAGGUCCUGGCGGGAUAGACUCCACCUACAGCCGGUGCUACCCAAGAGCAUGAGGAACCUGUGGGAAGGCCAGGUUUAUCUUCUGUGAAUGAAGGUCAGGGGAGGAGGGCAGGAAUCUGCUUCGGGGGGCUGAGGCCUCUGCUCCCUUCUUGUUAGCGCCCGAGAGGGGGGGGUCCUCAGCCCCAUCAGUUCUCCCCUCUGCUGUGGGUUUGCCAAAGCAGGCGCGUCCGUUGCACAGCCGGGAAGUUAAGUUUUAAGGGACUUUUUCUUAGUAAUAAUAAAGAAGACCCCGAAAACCUAGCGGAGGCCCCAAUGUUUACCUCAUGACGUAAAAGCUGGUUGUAGCAGAUGUCAAGACCCCCUUUACCCUCACUCUCUUUCUCUCUCUCUCUCUCUGGUUUUUUGCAAGCAAUAACCAUGCCUUUGCUGCCCUCUGGCUGGCCAUCCUUGUGGGGGGUGGGAGACUGUAGAAGGGCCCCUUCCAGCUGGGACCAACUAAAGCAGCCCAAUGUAUUGUCGAAGGCUUUCAC